AUGAAGACGGGUGGGGUGUGGUGGCGGGGGGGCGGCCACGGCCACACACACGCGCACUGCCACCCCCACAAAGGAACGGAAGAAGAUACACUUGACCGGCACAUCUUGAGCCACGGCAUCCCACGGGCACAAUGUCGGCGAUGGGUUCGCGCAGCUCAUCCUACGCUGGACGCUGGCAGGCGCGGGGUGUUAAGGAGCGAAAGAAGAAGCUCCCCCUUCCCCCCGGGGAACCGCUGCGAAAACUGGAGUCCACACCCCCGCAAGGAGCCAGAAAUAUCGAUCGGGGCCAGUUCU